GGCUGGAGACAAUUGAAGUCCACAUUAUCCUCUCAAACAUUACGAAAACAACUAGAAGAUAUCAAAGCAUUGUGCCUGGACAUACGUCAGUCUAGUUGCGUUUCAACCAUCGACAAAUACCUACGUCAAAUAUCAAAUGCAAAUUACGGCGUAACAUUUGGUCUCCAGGAGGAAAUCAUCAAUACACUGGCUGCUAUUAAAUACACAUUCUCUUGCCUCAAACGAAAACAACGUGUGAUAACAACAGUAUCUGAACACUGUCAAAAAGGAAAUGAAAAUUUUAACAAAGUAUACCUAGAAGCCGUCCAAGAUUUUUUUCCAAAUAAAGAUCUAUGUACCGGGCUGGCAGGCAAGGAUUAUACUACCAAGGAUGUUGUUUUGAAACAACUUCGAAUUUUGGCAUUUGAAAAAGGAUUCUAUUCCAGUUGUGAAUUAAACAACAGAGAGGUUAUAACUAAGACAUGCUUAGACUACAGUACAAAGGGAAUUACAUAUGAUCUCCUGCCACAAGAAAGAUCACGACUCCUUAACGACUGUAAGAAAAUUGCACCAGGCCAACUGGGUGAGUAUCAACUGGUGUAGUAAGAUUUAUACUAGGGCGGUCUGGCCAACUAAGAUAAAGAAAAGAAACUAAUUCGUCAGGUAAUUCGUGGUCUAUAAACAGUGCUGAAAACAGAAGAACCAUCCAUAAAGGAGAACAUCGAACUUGAGUGGGUUUAUGAUCCCAUUAUACGAUAUAUGUGUAUAAAUACGACUUUAUUUGACCAUAUGGUUUAUUUGUUUCUAAUAAUUCGAGCUCGAGUUAUAUAUCUAACUGUUCUAUUUGAAACGUAAGGGUCCACGGUACAGUGACGGUAGGUAGUUUUCUAAAUCUCAAAACGAUUAAUAAUUGCAUGGCUAAACCUUUUCCCGCUAAAUCUGAUUAAACCCACAACAAUAUCCCUAAUCUGCGUGGCAGACGGUCAGCCCGCCGUGGACCAACUAAAACCGGGCGAGGCGAAGAAGGGAAGACCGUGGCUAUGUUUCUAUAUUUCAUUUUUCUUCACUUAUCAAUUUUCUUCUUCGCCAGGCAAAAUCCAAUGUAAUCCUACAGUUUGUCAAAAUGGAGGUAAAUGCCAAGAAAAAUUGAACACUUAUGUCUGCGCAUGUCCCAAACGUUUCAAAGGCCAACACUGUGAGAUAGACACAGGUGAGUGAUGUCCGUAGAAAUACUAAUUUCAAUCAAAGCAAUUAUUAAUGAUAAUGUAUCGAUAUAUUAGGUCCGUCUGCCAAUUUCAUUAACAUAAUUAUGGUAGCAUGCAUAUGAUUUUGGUCUGUUUAUCUGACAUAUUUAAAACUCACGUACUCACUUCCAAUCACAAUUACAGAAUUGCAGAGGAUUUUAGGUUAAGAGCUGAUCAAAGUUAAGUUUACAAAACCCAAUACAGCUGAGCGUCAAGUAAUACAAAAGAAAAUGCAUUCCAUAGAUGAUCACAGGCAGGAACAGUGGUGUCAAGUAACGAAGUAAAUGUACUUCGUUACUGUACUUGAGUACUAUUUUUGAGAAGUCAGCCAUGUAACAAAGUAAACUUUUUCUGCAGUACUUUUACUUGGAACGAAGUCGUUUUACUUCGUUAUUUUCAUUUUGUGACGAAGUAAUUCGUUAUACUUUCUAACUUUUGUUUAGUUUACGUGAUUUAUUCCUGAUUUAUUUUAAUUUUGGGAUACGUAAAAGGACCUCUAUAUGCGUCUGGGAUCUCUCGUGGCUUACUUAUAAGCAUUAUUUAUUUAAUGGAUAUCUUAUAUUUUCAAUGGGGUCUGAAAAGUAGACCAUGCUGUGAAUGAUAUUAUGAUUAGUACUUUUACUUUUACUUUUUACUUCAAGUAUUUUUUAAGGAUACGUUGUACUUUUUACUUAAGUACGUUUUGCCUCCAGUACUUUUUACUCUUACUCAAGUCAUUUUAUUGUUAAUUACUUCUCCUUUAAUUUUACUCAAGUACAAAUUCAAAGUAAUUUAGCACCACUGGGUAGGAAAGCAACAAGUUUACUUCACUACUCCAGUUACUCUUCGGCCUCCUAACUUUGACGUUUUCCUUGAGAGUCGACGUCUGUAAACUAUCUGCAAACUAUCAGUUUUUGUGAUAUUGCACUGCACAAAAUUCCAUUAGAUAAAAUUAAGCCAAACUGAAAAAGGUUUGGCCUAGAAAGCAACCGAGGGAAAUUUCCUUUUUUACAGCGAGUCAAAGUGGUAGCGAAAGUGGUGACAAUAAUGAAAACGGUAGCGGCAGUGACACUGACGGCGGAAGCGACAGUGAAACAGGAAGUAAUACUGAUGGAGGAAGUGGAACCGGAAGUGACGAAGAAAGAGGAAGUGAUACUAAUGGCGGCAGUGAAAUUUACAGCGAUACUGAUGAUUUCGCUUCGCGAUUCGAUUAA